GAGAGCGAACACGCAUGUUUUAGUCCAAUGGUGAGUGGACACAGCGUGAUCAGGCAUGCGGCUGUCAUUGAUCAUUACCUCCUGGCUGACACUCUGGACCCAUCAUGGAGUCAGGAAAGCAGCUAACCUUUACAUUGGCUGUGGCUGUGUUCACGGCAGUCCUGGGGUCUCUGCAGUAUGGCUACAGUCUUGGAGUCAUCAAUGCACCCCAGAAGGUCAUUGAAAAGCAUUAUGGGCGGUCCUUGGGAGUGUGGUCAGAAAGAGCAGCUGUCCUGUCAGGAAACAGCACAGAGGAAGAAGAAGAAAAGUUCGAGGCGGGCCAACACCCUUCGGUGGUCAUGUAUUGGUCACUGUCGGUGGCAAUCUUCUCCAUCGGUGGCGUGUUAUCGUCCUUCCUGGUAGGAUUUGUCGGAGACCUGAGAGGGAGGGUAAAGGGCAUGUUAAUGGUCAAUGUCCUGGCUGUAGUUGCUGGACUACUGAUGGGUUUUUGCAAGAUGUGGAAACCUCACAUCAUGGUCAUCUCAGGCCGGGCUGUUAUGGGCUUUUAUUGUGGGUUGACAUCUGGAUUAGUGCCUAUGUAUGUUGGAGAGAUUGCACCGAAGGCGUACAGAGGGGCCCUGGGAACAUUACACCAGCUGGCUAUUGUCAUUGGCAUCCUCAUCAGCCAGGUAAUAGGCUUGGACUUCAUACUUGGCAAUGAUAAUAUGUGGCCCCUCUUGCUUGGUCUGUCUGGUGCUCCGGCAAUACUACAAUCACUGCUGCUGCCUCUAUGCCCUGAGAGCCCACGGUACCUUUAUAUUUUAAUGGGCAAGGAGCAAGAAGCUCGAAAAAGUCUGCUUCGCUUAAAGGGGUCAUAUGAUCCGACUCCUGAUCUUGAAGAGAUGAAAAGAGAGAAAGAUGAGGCAGACAAGGAACCCAGGUUCUCUAUCCUUUCUUUGAUCCGGUCCUCUGUGUACAGACAGCAGCUGCUUGUUGGCCUCAUGAUGCACAUCUCCCAACAGUUCUCUGGAAUCAAUGCAAUCUUUUACUACUCUACGGACAUCUUCGCUCGGGCUGGGGUCAGUCAGCCAGUCUAUGCCACCAUAGGAGUCGGUGCCAUCAAUGUAGUCUUCACUCUGUUGUCUGUUGCACUGGUGGACAAGGCUGGCAGACGCACUCUGAUUCUGGCUGGUCUGGGAGGGAUGUGUUGUUGUGGAAUUGCCAUGACUGUGGGCCUCAAAUAUCAGAGUGAAUUUGCGUGGAUGAGCUACAUCAGCAUGUCAGCUAUCUUCCUCUUUGUGAGCUUCUUUGAGAUCGGUCCUGGUCCCAUUCCGUGGUUCAUAGUCGCUGAACUGUUCAGCCAGGGACCGCGGCCUGCAGCCAUUGCUCUCGCUGGCUGCUGCAACUGGACCAGCAACUUCAUCAUAGGCAUGACCUUUCCCUAUAUACAGGCUUGGUUGGGUGGUUACGUGUUCAUCCUGUUUGCUGUGCUGCUAUUCGGCUUCACUGUGUUUACUUUUCUCCGGGUCCCUGAGACCAAGGGGAAAACAUUUGAGGAGAUUGCUGCAGUCUUCCACAAGGGGCGGAAAAAGUUGGCUCAGAGCCCUAAAGACUGUACUGAACUGGAGCAGCUCAAAGCAUCCACAGAUGCUUGAAACAACCGCUAUGUGUGUGAGCAAUCUGUUUGUAUGCGUGUGCAAGGGUAUGUUCAUCUGUCAGUAUUUCAGAUGUUGUCAUGAUGGCAAGUGUUAUGUACUUUUGUCCUUAUAGUAUUAUGGUGAUAUCUUGUGAGUUAAGAAGGAAAGUCAGCACUUCUUACACAAAGAAGAAAAAACAUUUUUUCAUAGUGCAAAAAAUCCACAAUGUCACAAAAGUGACAUGAAGUAUUCUGUUAUAUGGAGAGGUGUUUACAUCUUACCAAAACGUAAACUUUUAUAGCAACAUUAUGAUUUGACAUUUAAUGUGGCUAUAAUCAAUAUUGGAUGACAUGACUGUUUAUAUCUGAGAGAAUUAGAACCCCCCCCCCUCUGCAGUUCUGCUUAGCUCAACUGAGCUUUGUGGUGUUUUUAUUAUUGUGGUUAUCAGUCCGGUCUCAGCAGACCGAUGUAUUCAGCAAACAGACUUUAAAAAACCCAAUAUGCACUACCUUCCACAGGAAGACAAAGUAGAUUCAGAUAUUUCUCUGAGGAAAAAGUGGAGACCAAAAAGUGAGUUGUGAGGAGAAUGAAUGUAAUGGAAAGUGAAGGCCAAUACCACUGUUUACAUCCACAGCUUGUUUUUGCUGCCCCCAAGUGGCCGAUUAAUGCAUGUUUACCUCUAAAUGUACGUUUAAAAAGAACUGCUGAAGUGCCCUCAGAUAUAAUCAUCAGCCCACUACACUGAAAUGUUUUGAUUAUUCUAACUUCACAUGAAUGUUUAACCUUCACAGCGCUGAUGUAUGUAAUGUAUGUGUGUGUGUAUGGAUGAGAUUGACACUGACAAACUGUUCACAUUCGUAUACUGAAAGGGAAUUUCUCUGUGCUCACCUUAAAGUUAAGGUUUAAAGCAUUAAAGCAAGUGUAUGCAAAAGCAUUACUUUAUGAAACCGCGACUUGUUUGGAAGCCACUUGUGGUCCAGUAUUCAAUUUACAGUGGUGCAAUGUGGAAACUAGACCACUGACACUGGACUUUGAAGUGAUGUAGGAAGCAUUUUACGUCCUGCUUUUAAACUUUAAAUAUUUGCACUUUUAAAGAUUUUAAAGAUUUUUCAAUGAAGAAGAAAUCACUGAUGUAAUUUUAAUAGUUUUAGAGAGAUAACUGAACUUUUAGUGAAAAUAAAAAAAUAUAUCCAACAAAUCA